AUGCAGAAGCUUGUCUCCAAUUGCGAAAGGAGUACUGCCUUACAUGAUGCGACUACCGCAGAACGUAUCGCAGCAUCAGCAGACAAGGAUGACUGGCAUGGCAUCACAAAUCCAGUCGAGCGGCGCCGACGACAGAACAAGCUAAACCAGAGGGCAUACAGUAAGCAGGAAUACCGACUGAAGGACAUCACUGCUUCGCGGACUAAUUCGCGUAAAGGAAGUCGCAGGCACCAGCAGGUUCAAUUGCUUGAACAGACCCCCAAUUGCCCACCACAAACGGAGCGGCAAAUGCUGGAAAAUUUCGCGUCGGCUGCUUACCGGAGCUACAUUCAGGGCUGCCCCAGUAUCGACCACCUACUAGUCCUCACUAAAGUCAACGUAUAUCGUGCUUUCCUGCACAAUAUCGGCUUAUUAGGACUGGUUGCAGACGGCCUUUGCGAGGCAGAUGUCCUAUCCCCCUUCAACCAGUUUGGUCCGGCACACAUCAUUACGACGACACUCCCUCCAUCCCUACGCCCGACACCCAAGCAGUGCUCCUUGCCACAUCAUCCAUGGCUUGACUUUUUCCCACACCCGAAGGCCCGGGAAAACCUGAUCUGCGCCCAAGGCCGCUAUGAUGAAGACGAAUUUUGUUUGGAUAUAUUAGGCUUCUGGAACCCAGAUGCAUCGGACAAUAUGUUGUUGGUGUGGGGUGAACCAACUGAUACCAGAAAUUGGGAAAUAACAGAGGGCUUUAUCAAGAAAUGGGGCUGGGUGAUUCUGGGGUGUCCAGAUAUAUUGGAGAGCACCAACAAGUGGCGGGCACGGAGAGCUUGGUAUGCUUGGUACGUUCCAAUCCUCGAGCCCAUAUAUGACCUUGUGUUCUACAUCGACAAGGCCGCAGACAGGAGGAAAGAUAACACUGCUGAACAGCCCCGUCGAGAGCGCACACCAAACGGCAGUCCGGCAGCAAGGACCGCUUUGGAUACUUUGAUGCUGGAGUCCGCUCUCCGCCAUAUACCCCGCGCAGCAUAUGACAACCUCGAAAUCCCUGAAAAUCAAACUCAGUUGCUCUUCCGAGUCUCCAGUGAGGUCCGCGGGCGUGAAGGUGAUGCCCAUCUUACGCAAUCCCUAGAUGCGUUCGACUUUGCUCCUGUCGGCGCUGGAGAUAGAGCUCUCUCUCAGUAG